AUGAUCACGGUGAUCGCCAUCGGUAUCGAGGCCCCAGAUCCCACAGCCUUUGCUAUAAACCAACCCACCCUCCGCUCCGGAUUCUCUGCCACUCUGAAUAUUAUCAUCUCCUUUGCAGGUCACCUGGCAUUUUUGAGUUUCCAAUCCGAGCUAGCAGAGCCAAAAGACUUCACAAAGGCUCUUAUAACUCUACAGAUUACCGAUACCUCCAUCUACCUCGUCUCCGCUGUUGUGAUCUAUCGCUACGCAGGGGCAGGUGUUAAAAGUCCCGCGUUAUUAAGCGCAAGCCCCAUCGUCGCAAAGAUUGCAUUUGGCAUCGCCGUCGGGACAAUAGUGAUUGCCGGUGUCAUAUUCGGGCAUGUUGGAGCCAAGACUAUAUACGUUCGGGUCUUUCGCGGCACGAACCGGAUGAACGAGAGAUCAGUCAUAUCUUAUGGGUCCUGGGUGCUCAUUGUUCUGUUUUUGUGGACAAUUGCAUGGGUCAUUGCUAAUGCGAUCCCUGUUUUUAAUGACAUGCCGAACCUUCUAGCGGCGGCCUUUGGAAGCUGGUUCUCGUUUGGGCUGGAAGGGCUUUUCUGGUUGCACAUGAACAGGAGGUUUGACUCGGGACCCAAGAUCGCGUUGGCUGCUCUUAAUAUAUUCUUGGUUUUGCUGUGCUGCUUGAUAUGUGGGAUGGGCCUUUGGGCAACCGGAGAAAGCAUUGCGCUUAGCGCGAAGUCUGCACAUGGUGCUUUUUCCUGCGCUGAUAAUCGCUAA